AUGAGAAUAUUAUCAUACUGGAUCUUCCCCAUCAUAUCGGGCCUCGUCUGGCUCGGCAUGCUCCUCGGCAUGCUCCUCUACUGGAUCAUCGACACCCACCGCGCAGUCUACCCCUCCAUGUCGCCGCCCCAGAGCAUCGCCUACAUCAGCGACGUCGGCGCCUACUACCUCAAGCCCCUCUUCAUCACCGGCUGCGUCCUCACCACCGUCUUCCUCGACCUCUCCUUCUUCUCCGACCGCUGGCUCCGCCACAAGGGCCGCCUCGUGCCCAACACCUCCGUCGGCGAAAAGAUCCUCUACGGCUUCACAAUCUUCUUCGCCGUCGUCGGCACCGUCGGCCUCAUCUGUCUCAGCAUCUUCGACACCUACCGGCACAAGAACCUCCACCUGCUCUUCCUGCUCUUCUUCAUGGGCGGGUACCUGCUCUCGGCCAUCUUUAUCUGCUGGGAGUACCAGCGCCUGGGCAUCAAGUACCCGGACCACACGUACCUCGCCGCCUCCUUCUGGAUCAAGCUCGUCUUCAUCCUCGUCGAGAUCGUCCUCGCCAUCGCGUUUAUCGUCUGCAACUUUAAGGAGAUUUACAACGCCGCCGCGAUCCUUGAGUGGAUCGUCGCCUUCAUCUUUUCGUUUUACAUCUUUUCGUUUACCGUCGACUUGUUGCCCGCAUCCAAGACGAGGAAUAAGGCGAACCGGUUCUCGAAGCCGGGGAUGAGUCAAUGGACUGGCGCUGGACCGGGGAACUUUUAA